UGUUCUCGAGAGUCUACAGACUCGAGAAUUCCCCAGUUCCCCUGUGUUGCUGUCAACGGCAUUUUCGCUGGGGGCAGCGGUGGUGUGAUUGGUGCUGCUGCUGUGGUGUGUGUCUGCUCCUGCUCCUGCUUCUCACGCCGGUCUCCUCCCUCCCUUGCUGUGGAGCUCGCGAAAGGAUCUGCUUCUGAGUCGAGUCGACUCAAGAGCGAACCAGGCGCAGUCGCUCCUGAGGCGUAGGUGAUAUUUGAAUCACCGUGCCGUGACCCCUUGCUUCGCUGCGGAGUUCGCGCGAGCAGCCGUUGGAUCCAUUUGGCCGCCAUGAGCGGCGUCCUGGAGCUGACCGUGGUGGGCGCGUCGGGGCUGAAAGACAAGGAGCUGUUCACGAAGCAGGACCCGUACGUCGUGGUGGAGUACGGUUCCCAGCGGUUCCGCACCAAGACAGAUAAAGAUGGCGGAACGACCCCCGCCUUCAACUCGACCUUCCAUCUGCAGCUGUUACCCGGAGUGGAGGAGUUUUCAGCGGUCAUUUGGAACGACAACCUGGGGCGGGACGACGUGAUCGGCAGCUGCAGGGUGAACUUCCGCCAGGCGUUCUCCGCGGGCGUGUGGGACAUGUGGCAUCCCGUGUACACCAAGAGCCAGAAGCAACGUGGCAGCCUUCAUCUGAUCAUCAAGGCCCCAGGGGCCAGGGCACCCGCAGGAUAUCCCCCUUCAGCGUACCCCCCUGCACCCUACCCAACCGCACCAUACCCCGCACCAGCACCCUACCCGACCCCUCCCAACCCCUACCCUCCUGCCCCCGGAUACCCCGCACAACCCCAAUCCGCUUAUCCGCCCCCAUCCUCCUCCGCGUACCCUCCCCCGUCCUCCUCCGCCCCUCCCCCAUCCGCCUCCCCCUACCCCCCGCCUCCUCCUACCCGGCCCCCUCCCCUUAUCCCCAGGGCCCCCCCGCCCCCUACCCUACUGCCCACACCGCUCCCCCUGCCUACUCCAAGCCUCCCAGCGUUUCGUCCUCAGUUAACACUGUGCUGGGGGCGGUGGGGGCACUGGUGGGUUCAGCAGCAGCAUAUGCUAGCCAUGGGCAUGGGCACGGGCAUGGGCAUUACCCGCCGGCCCCAUAUGGAUAUCCGCCCCCUCCUGCUGCUCCUUAUGGGUAUGGGGCGCCGCCUGUGGUGGUGCACCACCAUGGGCACCACGGGUAUGGGCAUCAUCACUACAAGCACAAGUACAAGCGCAAGGGGUUCUUUGGCCGGCGCAAGGGGUUCUUUAAAUGAGAGGUGUGUGUUGUGGGAGGAGCCUUUUUGGGUCGUCACAAGGAUUUCCCUGCGGUGGGGAAUCGUCAAGGGCAUCUGUACCACAGGCACCUUCACAAUUUAGUUUGGAAUACACUUUUAGUACGCGCAUGGAGGCCUUAAGAUUAGAUAAGAGAGCAUCAUGAAUUGUAUGUAACAAAAGUCUUUGAAUACAUUAGUCAAGGUGCA